CCACCACCACCCCUCCGCCUCCCAGCAGCUCCUCGCCGCCCUCAGGGCACGCACCCGGCUCACCAACCUCGCCGCGGCCCUGCUUGUGCUCGCACUCUCGGGCUCGCUCCUGCUCAACCUCAGCUUGGUCUUCGUCCCGGCCCACUCGCCGCGGCGUGCUCUGGCGCGGCCGUACUCGUACGCAGCCGGCUCCGGGUGGGACGACGCUGCGAGUCCAGGGCAGCGCGAGUCUCCGAUCCCGCUGAGCAUAGAGACCACCCUCGAGCGGGACGCGCGGUACGCAGAGCUCGAGCAUCUCAUCGUCGUCCCUGGACAUGCCAUCUGGCUCGGCCACGAUGCGGACAGGGUGGACGACGACGCCGACUGGAUACUGGAACCCAUGCAGAAGGGCGGAAGCGUGAAAACGUAUGUAAAGCAUAUCGAACGGGGCGUGGACGAGCUGAACGCCGAUCCGAAAUCGCUCCUCGUGUUCUCUGGCGGCGCGACCAGACAUCCUCCCUCACCGCCCAUCCCCGAAGCUCUCUCCUACUAUCGUCUCGCCAUGGCGCUCUCACUCAUCCCCUCGACCUCCAUCGCCGACUCUCCCAAGACGGCGCCCCUCCCUCUCAACUUGCGGACAGCUACAGAAGAAUAUGCUCUCGACAGCUAUCAAAACUUGCUGUUCUCUAUUGCCCGGUUCAAGGAAGUUACAGGCAACUGGCCACGGAAGAUCACCGUCGUGGGCUACGGGAUGAAGCGUCUGCGCUUUGAAAACCUCCACAGAGCAGCUCUUCGCUUCCCGUCAUCCGCGUUCCACUAUAUCGGGAUAGACGACGCCGGCGAUACGUCCGCCCACUAUGCCGGUGAACUCAAGUACGGAUACCUUCCCUUCCUCUCCUCCCCGUCAGGCUGCCAUCCGCCUCUUUCGAUCAAACGCCUCCUCAGGAACCCGUACGCGAGAUAUCAUCCAUACUUUACAAGCUGUCCCGAACUCGCAGACUUGUUCGAAUGGUGCCCCGCUAUCCAGAGUAUCAAGGGUGAAGAAACGUGGGAGGCAAGGAAUUCAGACGUUGGUAUGGGCUAUCCUGGGAGGGUGCCCUGGGACGAUAAGGAACAAGUCACUUGGGAUAGAGAAAGGGAUUGAAAAACAAAGGUUGUAAAAACACCUUUUGUAGCUAGCCACAUCUAGUACUACCAUAGACCAUAGCAUUACCU